AUGGCCGACCACCUCAUUGACUUCACCCCAGCCAAUGUUGCCACAGUUGACUGCGAGCGCCUCGGCUGUACUUGGACUGGUCCUCAGACCCAGUGCUCUAUUAUUAAUGGCAGGGACCCUGAGACAGGAGCGCCUACCAAAAAGGUGUGCUGUCCCGGAUGCACAGACCACUAUCAGGCGCGCAAAACCGGUGAAAAGCGCAGGGCUGCACAGGAGCAGGAGCGUCACGGGGCGCCAUCGUUGGAGUUUACAACGCCAGCCUCUGCCGGACCAAAGCUCAUAUCUGACAAGGCAUUGAGUAAAGCUCUAGCUGCGGCAAAACGUGGUCAUGCUACCCUCCCCACUCGACGCAUAUCAGGUGCUCCGGCGAACUCUAGCAGUUCAAGUCGGGCCGGCUCUAUGGCUCCACCGCCCGUACCUGUGAAGUCCUUUGGCUAUAAGCAGGAUGUACAUUCGAAGUACUUCCAUAACCGGGACAGGGUUCUAGAGAAAACAACGAGUAUGAACUCUGGAGGAGGCGGCCGGCUGGUAGAUAUAGCUAUAAGUCUGCAGACCGUAGGAGAGUCUGGCAAAGGGGGCACCAAUCUUAUUGGGAAUUCGGAUUAUAACAUCUUGGUUUCGGAGAACAUCACAAAAUACGAUCUCCACAACAGUCUAUGGGAGACACUUGAGGAGGACUGGGUCAAUUGGUCGCUGGGAUUUCCCCUAAAACAGCACGAGACAACGCUCUGCAAAUAUAAGAAACUUUUGGUCUACAAGUUCAGUUACGGUCCCCGCAUUGGAAGUGAAUUAGCCAUUCGAGAUCUACUUUACCGGACGAACGCAAAAAGCUUAGGCCACCCAGUCUUCAACUCCAAUGUCAAGCCCAGACUUUACCUGCUUGUUGAACGUGAAAAGUAUAUGGCCGCUCUUGAAUACAGAGAACGCGUGGAGGCAGAUCUGCCUGUCGGAGAUGAUGAGAUUCAGGGGUAUGAUGGCGGCAACAUCAACAGCGACGGUGAUGGUGAGUUUCACCGACCAGAGGAUGUGGAAUAUGAUUCUGGUUCCGAAUUUCAGAACGAGGUUGUUCGCCCCGUCAAUCAUGCUGGACGUGCUAUUGCCAAACGGAAAGUACCAGAGCCUGAGGGAACAGACUCAGAGACCCUGGAUAUUGCAAACCAGAGCGAUGCUCCUAGCACCAAGCGUGCUCGUACACAUGGGCAGACGACUCGGAGACACCAUAAGCCCCGCUCGACUCCUGCUGCUAGCUCUACCCAGCAGACAUCUCUCUCGGAUCCCAUUGUCGUGGAUGCAAACGACUCCGCCGACUCCGCCGGAACUGACGAUACCGACACCCUUUUUCCGUUACAAGUCUCGAGUCAUCCCAUUCCGAAAACGUCCCGCUUCCAAGUGCCAAACCCCGAUCUGCUACGCAAGGCUCUCGUUAUGCAGAAAGAUCUUGAUUCUCAGGCCGUUCAGCCCCUAGACCACGGUGACGCUAACUUCACCGUGCUUCUUCUGGAGAUCCCGGAACAUUCAUUCAACGAGCUCCUUGAACGGCCUGGUAUGCGCUUACACUGGGAUCCUGCUGUGGCGCCCCAAGCUAGUAUUUCCGUCUGGACGCGUUCCAAGGACAUGCUUGGUGCCGCUGGUAGCUUCAAGACGUGUCAUCGUGCUGCCUUAUACCCAAUUCGUCUAUCUCAAUCGCAACAACCACUUUCAUACGACCUUUCUCUAGUUACUUGGGUCGCCAAACGCUGCUUUCACCGUCCCGAACGGCGCUCGAACGAUGAGGAACUACCGAAACGUCAACGUUACCCGCACGUUCAGGAGCUGGGGUUGAUGUUACGCGAGGCCAAUUGUCUGUACUGGGGUGGAGUUCUGAUGAGCCUGGUGUACUCCUUUGUGGAUUCAGUGUUGGAGGAGGCAAACGAGAAGAAGGAGCUCGCCGACUUUGACGAAGUUCCUCGACUCAAGUUUGUUCGCUCUAUCCUGGCCGUUCCCGAAGACAAGGCCAAUCAAGUCUUCCUGCUUGAGGAGAGGAUCAAUGGGCCGUUCGUCAAGUAUAUCAGUAACGCUUCAGCAACCGCAUGCGAGCCGUUCGGUUACACGAAGAAGUCUAAGGCUAGGCGGACGGAGAACUGGAUACGUGCCCAGUUUCUGUGUUUUGCCCAACAUGUGCAGUAUGUUUUCACAGGGAAGUCUAUCAUUCUAACUGACUUACAAGGAGGGGGAGACUUAUUGACGGAUCCCCAAGUCCUCACAUCCGCCAGCGCAUAUGCACAGAACUUCGGUGCAGGAAAUUUGACACAUGCGUUCGACGCAUUCCCGUCACAGCACAUCUGCAAUGGAUUUUGUCGCUACUUUGAUCUGGAGAUACUCGAAGCCACGACUGAGACGGAAGACCCUGGAGAGAGGAACGAGAAGUAUGAAGAGAAUCGUGACCAUGAUGGUGGUGAGGAGGGUGGCAGUAACCGUGAUGAGGGGUUGGAGAACGAGCGUGGGGAGGAGCAUGGGGAGGAGCAUGGGGAGGAGCAUGGGGAGCUUGAAGCGAAGACGGGUGGGAAGGCCGGUGAGGAGGCUGAGGAUGGGGUGGAUGAAUUGGAUAGGUCUGAAGAUGAGUCUAGCGCUGAACUAGGGAAGCAGCUGAAGGGAAUAACGAUGGAUGUGGCGAGGGAUGAAGGCGGGUCUGGGAGUAGAGGUGUGGCGGGGAAUGGGAAUGGGAAUGUGGCGGAGAAUAUGGCGGAGGACGAGGGUAGUGCAGAAAGUGGCGCCGCAGAAACAAUUGGGCUAGAUAAUAAGAGGUCUGGACCAGGGAAGGGAAGAGGAAGAGGAAGGGGUCGCAAGCAGGGGUGUGUGACGAAGGACAAGAAGGCUGGUAGUGCGAAGGAGAGCUUCAAGAAAAAACAGCUCUUCAUCGAGGACUGA